AUGUCUUAUAUGCUUUCACAUUUAACAAAUGCCUGGCAGGUCGAUCAGGCAAUUCUUUCCGAAGAAGACCGUGUAGUUAUUAUUCGUUUCGGACAUGAUUGGGAUCCCUCUUGUAUGGUUAUGGACGAAACUCUUUUUCAAAUAGCCGAGAAGGUCAAAAACUUUGCAGUUUGUUAUCUUGUAGACGUUUCGGAAGUUCCUGACUUCAACAAAAUGUAUGAACUUUACGAUCCAUGCACGGUGAUGUUCUUCUACCGAAACAAACAUAUAAUGAUUGAUCUUGGCACGGGUAAUAACAACAAAAUCAACUGGCCCGUCGAGGACAAGCAGGAGUUCAUUGACAUCGUGGAGACGGUAUACCGAGGCGCACGGAAGGGAAGAGGUCUGGUUGUGUCUCCAAAAGAUUAUUCAACGAAGUAUCGUUAUUGA